AUGAUUGCUCGGCCACCUGGCUCCCCGGCUUGCGCGCACCCUGAGUGGUCAAUUGAUGAUGAUGACGAUGGUGGUGAUGAUGAUGAUGAUGAUGAUGAUGAUGAUGAUGAUGAUGAUGAUGAUGAUGAUGAUGAUGAUGAUGAUGAUGAUGAUGAUGAUGAUGAUGAUGAUGAUGAUGAUGAUGAUGAUGAUGAUGAUGAUGAUUAUGACAUAUCACUGAAGCAGUAG